GGAAGCGAGCAGCUGCAAAGCAUCUAAUAGAACGCUACUACCACCAGUUAACUGAGGGCUGUGGAAAUGAGGCCUGCACGAAUGAGUUUUGUGCUUCCUGUCCAAGUUUCCUUCGUAUGGAUAACAAUGCAGCGGCCAUAAAGGCCCUUGAGCUUUUUAAGAUUAAUGCAAAACUCUGUGAUCCUCAUCCUUCCAAGAAAGGAACCAGCACUGCCUAUGUGGAAAACAGCACGAAGAGCUCCCACAGCAUUAUCUGUUGUUCAGAAACAAAAGUGAAUAAGCGAGAGAUGCAGGCCCAAAGAGAAGAUUUUAAAGAUGUGAACUAUCUAACUGAGGAAAAGGUAUAUGAAAUCCUGGAUUUGUGUGGAGAACGAGAAGACUAUUCGCCAUUGAUACGUGUGAUUGGCAGAGUUUUCUCUAGUGCAGAUGCUUUGGUACAGAGCUUCCGAAAGGCCAAACAGCAUACUAAGGAAGAGCUGAAAUCCCUUCAAGGAAAGGAUGAGGACAAAGAUGAAGAUGAGGAAGAAAAAGCUGCUUCUGCAGGGUCCAUGGAUGAUGCAGAGGCAUCUUCAUCAAGAAGUUCUUUUGGGGGCUCACAGACAAGAGACAACAAUGUUCAUAAGUUAGGACCUGAUGAAAUAUCUAUUGAUGUUGAUGCAGUCAGACGGGUCUAUAAUAAAUUGCUUUCCAAUGAGAAGAUAGAAACAGCUUUUCUUAAUGCGUUAGUGUACUUGUCACCAAACGUGGAAUGUGAUUUGACUUAUCAUAAUGUAUAUUCAAGGGAUCCGAAUUAUCUAAACUUAUUCAUUAUAGUUAUGGAGAACAGCAACCUUCAUAGUCCUGAAUAUCUGGAAAUGGCUCUUCCACUGUUUUGCAAAGCAAUGAGCAAGUUACCCCUCCCAGCUCAAGCCAAAUUAAUUCGACUAUGGUCAAAAUACACUGCAGACCAGAUCCGUCGAAUGGUGGAAACCUUUCAGCAGCUCAUUACAUACAGGGUCAUAAGUAAUGAAUUCAAUAGUCGAAAUCUGGUAAAUGAUGAUGAUGCUGUUGUUGCUGCUACAAAAUGCUUAAAAAUAGUGCACUAUGCAAACAUUAUUGCAGGCGAUGUGGACACGGGGCACAAUGAGGAAGAGGAAGAUGAGCCAGUUGCAGAAUCCAGUGAAAUUACUUUACAAGAACUACUGGGUGAAGAACGGAGAAAUAAAAAAGGACCCCGGGUGGAUCCCCUCGAAACAGAGUUGGGAGUGAAAACAAUUGAUUGCCGAAAGCCACUUGUCUCUUUUGAAGAAUUUAUUAAUGAACCACUAAAUGAUGUACUAGAAAUGGAUAAAGACUACACUUUCUUCAAAGUUGAGACAGAAAAUAAAUUUUCCUUUAUGACUUGCCCCUUCAUUCUGAAUGCUGUAACCAAGAACUUGGGUCUUUACUAUGACAACAGGAUACGCAUGUACAGUGAACGCCGAAUCACUGUCCUGUACAGCCUCGUACAGGGGCAACAGCUGAACCCUUAUCUUAGACUUAAAGUCAGACGUGACCACAUCAUUGAUGAUGCACUUGUUCGGGUAAGUUUAUUUUUCACUGUGAUUUGUGUACCAUGUUAUGCUGCAAUUUGUGGAUUAAUAGAAGAAAAUAAUACAAAGUGUUUUGCUACAGUUAAUAAAGUAAACAAUUUUCAGUUCAGAGUAAAAGCAUAUUUCCCAUGUUUUGAAGGGUGCUUCAUGUCAAAUUCCAUGUUCCAGUAGAAUGAA